UAGAAAUUCUUUUAAUGUCGCCACCGGUACUUCGCAUCGCUGACCCAGAACGGCCCUUCGAAGUCAUCACCGACGCAAGUGACAUCGCCAUCGGAGCAGUGCUCAUGCAAGAUUUCGGCAAUGGUCUUCAACCAAUUGCGCACGAGUCUCGGAAAAUGCAAUCUGUUGAGCGCAACUACCCGGUACACGACAAGGAGAUGCUGGCGAUCGUCCACGCGUUCAAAAUCUGGAGGUGCUACCUGGCUGGAGCAGACGUGACGGUGCGAACCGAUCACAAAUCUCUACAAUACCUGAGAGCGCAGCCGAAUCUCAACUCGCGGCAGAUACGCUAGUUGGACUAUCUGGAGUCCAACUU